AUGAGUACACGGACGACGGAGGUGAAGGCGGCGGAAGCGCGACUUGCGCUGCAUCGUGACGAUGCGGUGCAUGCUAAGGCUCAGUUGGCGGAGUCUCUGGAUGCUCUAAAGGCGGCGCAGAGCCGACUGCUGGUGAAGAGGCUGGACGAGGCGAUUGAGGAGCAGCGCAACGUCGAGCAGGAGGCCCUCGCGUACUCGAAGAAUGUCAACAGGCUGUACCAGCGCGCGGCCAAGUGGAAAGCUGAGCAGAAACGCUUUCGGUCGAGUCUAGAAGGGAUGGAUCGGUUUGUGGAGUGGGCAGCAGCUACGGAGAACGAUUUACACGCUAUUGCUGGGAAUUUAGAGUACGUUUGGUCAGUGCUGGAGAAGGAACAAGAAGCUACAGCCAACGGCGGAUACGCGCGGGCGCAAGAGUCCACCUGA